AAGCACCAACAAACGAGUUUUCCUAGCGUAGUUUGCUCCUCUAGUGAAACAUUCCGAAAGUUUUCAAUAUGGAUUACAGCCGUCGUGUUGAUAUGGUAACGGUGUACCAAGAGCCAGCCUGCUACCGUCCACCGAAUACCUUGGUGGAGUUGGCAAAGGACACCGAAUACCCGAACAUGAACUCAAUACAGUACCGAAAAACUCCGGCCGUGGAGGUGCCGGAAGCAAAGCUAUGUCCGUUUUUCGAUCAUGUAGCUGCGAACGGUGCGGGCCAUGUAAUAGUGGCAGGAAACCAGUACACAAGCCGCCAGUGGGGUAGUAAAAUAUGCGGCUGGGAAUUACCCGCUGAUGUCCCGCGAGAAGAUAAGGUGUCCUUUUUCCUGCGCAACGAGGCAUCAGUAACGGCACUUUGCUACACCAAGGACAAUGAGCUGUUCCUGCAAGCAAAUGAUAGGGGAUCGAUUGAACUCUGGUCGACUGGUAAUCCGGUUCGUGGGCCAGGAUAUUCCCUCUAUCAGGUGGACAAACGGAACGAGCACAUUGGUGCGGUUACCGUGCUGGACAUUUUCCGCGGCGAAGAUCGGCAUGCCAUUUCCGGUUCGACCGACGGUUGCCUGAAGCUGUGGGAUUACAGCGAGGGAGAUUUACAUUCGACGACCACAAUGCAUCAUGCUCAUUCGGGACCAAUUUCCGAUGUGGCCACCGACAGUACCCAGUCCUCCCUGGCGGUUAGUUGUUCCCGAGACCGGUCGGCGCUACUGUGGGACUUUCGCGAGACGAAACCGGCUACCGCACUGUAUGAAAAGCACGAUGCAGCCUUCACUGUCAUCCGGUGGACGGACGAGGCGAACUGGAAGCGACUGGUGGCGAUCGGGGAUGAGGCGGGCCGUGUUUUCUUCAUCGAUGUCCGGCAGCCAAACGUGUUCCUUGAGACGAUCGACUGUUUCGACCGGAAGGUGCACAAAUUGUCCUUCCAAGGGAAACAUUUUGCCGUGCUGGGAAAUACACAGGAGGCUAAAUUCUUCGAUGAAAAUUCCAAACAAAUCCAUGUGGAAAAGAGUGCCUCUAACUAUGUGCGGGAUAUUGUGUGGGAUCAAAACUCCGCCGAUAAGACUGUGUGCUGCUGGCUCGUUGGAUGGGAUAGUUACUUUAAAUCGGUUGUCAUAGAAUUGGAUACGCUGAUCUAAUCACCUUUAAACAUUGAAUGAAUCGGAUGGUAAGUUUCUCAAGUUCAAACAAAAAACAAAGUGUGAAUUUUGGAUUAGGAUAGGUUUUUGCUACUAUAAUUUUUGCGUACAUUAUGGUGAUUUGAAAGAGGGUGUUCAGCUUUCAUAACAUGUUUUUUAAUAACUUAGCCG